AUGACGGGAAUCCCGGCAACUUCAACCACGUCGUCGGAUGACGUCAUGGACAGAGAACGCGCCGCGCGAACGGUUCAGAGAAUUUAUCGUGGUCAUCGGACGCGACGAGAACUGCAAGGACUGGAAUUGACUGCUUCCACCCGAUGGGUUGAGGCUUUCAAAGAAGCUCAGUGGCACCAACUCCAAAGUCCCAAGCCACACAUAGCACCCGGUGAAGAUGGCUUUAACCAAGCUCGACGCAACUGGCAACGUGCGGUGAGUGUCGCCAGACGUGCCGGCGGAGACGAUCUUGUUUCGGAACCUGCGCUCUCUCCGGGGAACCGAUCAGAGCCAAAUAAAGAGACGGCAUGCGGGGCGACUGCAAAGAUGAUGGAUCUGCAAUACUUUCUAGAGAUGGUCGAUCUCAAACACCGUCAUGGCAGUAACUUGCGCGCUUAUCACGCCUAUUGGCGAGACUCAGCGUCAAAGGAGAAUUUCUUUUUUUGGUUGGACUUUGGCGAGGGCAAAGAUGUGGAGAUACCACAAUGUCCACGAGAAAAAUUGGAAAGAGAACAAGUCCGCUAUCUCACUCGCGAGGAACGACAGAAUUACCUUGUAAUGGUUGACGAAAGUGGGCACUUCAGGUGGGCCAAGAACAACGAGCCAGUCUGGACGAGUACUGCGCAUUUCAAAGAUAGCCUUCGGGGAAUUGUGCCUAUUGGGGACGAUGCACCUGAGUACAAUGGCAACUCAUCUAUGACCAAACCAAAAUCCACCUCUGAUUUACCAUCGUCUCCGUCGUCUCCAUCGCCUCCAUCGCCAGCAUCAUCAUCAUCUGCAACAGAGAACAUUCAAAGUGUUCUGUCAAGAAGCCGAAGCCCCGAACCGUUCACCGAUGAGGAGUACAGGGCUGCGAAGACGAUGCGAAAGGUGAUGCAUCCCAGCCCUGUUGCUGCAUGUAAACGACUUUUGGGCAAGUCUUCCAAGAAAGAAGACACGUGGCUGUUCGUCGCAGAUACGUCUUUUCGUUUGUACAUCGGGAUAAAGAGAUCAGGUGCCUUCCAACAUUCAUCUUUCCUGCGAGGUGCCCGAAUUGCAGCGGCAGGAAUGAUCAAAAUCAAACAUGGCCAGCUCCGGAGCCUGGCACCUUUGAGUGGCCAUUACCGUCCUUCAACUGCGAACUUUCGAGCAUUCCAUCACUCCCUUCAGCAACAGGGUGUUGAUAUGUCUCGUGUCUCGAUGAGCAAAUCUUAUAUCAUGCUCGCUGGCGUUGAAGGAUAUACCAAGGCCAAACGAAAGGCACGUGCUCUGCAUGAGAAGGUCAACGAAUCCAAAGGCAAGCUUCACAAAUUAACAGAAUGA